GAUGGUGCUCUUUCUUUAUUGUUUUUUAUUGAUUUAUAUACCCACUAGGGUUAUGUUGCUAGAACAAACUAGGGUAGUCACUCAUCAAUCUUUCAGCUAAUCUUUCCUCUGAUGAUGAUAUUCUCUCUAGGGUUUUUGUGAUCUUUCAAUUCUCUGUACUGGGUCUCUUGAGAUUUGAAACUUCACUAGCCAAUAUCUUCCUUGUUUUUCUUCUUCUUAACUGCUGCACAUAAAGGUGUACCAUAAAAAUGGUGAGAGGAAAGACUCAGAUGAAGAGAAUAGAGAAUGCAACGAGCAGGCAAGUGACCUUUUCAAAGAGAAGAAAUGGACUGCUUAAAAAGGCCUUUGAGUUAUCAGUUCUUUGUGAUGCUGAAGUUGCACUUAUUGUUUUCUCCACUAGAGGGAAACUCUAUGAGUUUUCCAGCUCUAGUAUGAAUAGGACGAUAGAACGCUAUCAGAAGAGAGCCAAGGAUGUUGGAACCAGCGGCAAAAUGGUUAAAGACAAUAUGCAGCCUGUGAAGGAAGAUGCAUUUACGUUGGCCAAGAAGAUAGAGCUUCUUGAAGUCUCUAAGAGAAAGCUCUUAGGAGAUGGGUUGGAACCAUGUUCCAUUGAUGAGCUGCAACAGUUGGAGAAUCAAUUGGAGCGAAGCUUAACAAGAAUUAGGGCAAGAAAGAAUCAGUUAUUCAGGGAGCAGAUUGAGAAGCUAAAGGGCGAGGAGAAAAUCCUAAUGGAAGAAAACACGAAGUUGCGGGAGAAGUGUGGGAUGCAACCACUGGACCUCUUAGCAACCAAGACGCCACAAAUAUUACAAGACCGGCAAAUUAUCGAGGUGGAGACAGAAUUGUUCAUAGGUCCACCAGACUCCAGAGACACGGCCUGCCCACAAAACCAUAAGAGCUGAUUAAUUUGAGUUAAAUAAUUGCAGAUUCAAAUUUGCAAUAUAGUUCCAGCUUCCCAAGUGUCAAUGGUGUUUUUUCUUUUAAUCAUUUACAUCCGAUAGCUAUGAAUAAUGUUGUGUCUAAUAAAUUUUGCCAAAAGUACAACAACUAAAGGGCUUGGACAAUACCAUUGGGUGGAUGAGGAUCAAAAUAUGUCAAUGAAGAUUACUGUAACAUACUGUAAUGUUAUAUAUAGCUCAAUAUUGAGUCUGGUCUUCUUUAUAAUAAGAAAAGCUAAAACAUGUAUAGAAA